UAUAUCAUUUUAAUGUCUUCCGCUAUUUUUUCGACAAUCUUCCGAGUAGUUUUCGUAGAAACCCGAAUUUCCCACAAAAACACUGCCAAAAAUCGCUCGUAGAAAUGGUAAAAACGCAAGAACUCGAGUUUAUUCCGCCCAAAAAGCGUAAAGAACCAAAAAUCAAGGACGGAACGGGAAAAAAUAUUCAAGGCAAUAGCGCGAAUGCAGAUCAUAUCACAAAAAUACAGGUAAAAUCAACAGAAGGCUUAAAAUCGUCUUCAAGCAAAAAGCAAUCUGGCAGUUCGGAGCUCAUUGAUGUCCCAAUAGCGUUUCAUCGCAACGGAAAUCACACAGAAACCGAAGAAAAUGAAUUAAAUUUGUACGAAAAUGUCUCGCAAAAGCCCCUGCGAAGCUCAACGGCGACGCCAAGUAGCGCCAUGAGCGAAGAAUCCAGCUUUGAUGGCAUCGAUCGCGCAUCCAAGAGUCAAGAAUCGAUUCUGAAAUGUGGCACGGGUGGCAAAAAGAAAGUCGUGAAUAUCCGAACGGACCUCGAUUGCAUCGGAAAUGAACGAAAAUCGCCCAGUGUGAAGCACAGCUAUGCAGAUCUCGAGUCAGGAUCGAGCGACAGCAUCUUUCGGAAAUCAUCAACGGACAAUUAUCUCACCUUGGCCGGGACAAUCAAGCGUGGCAAGAAAUUGGGCGAAGAAUUUAACGUGCAACUGAAUAUCUCGCGAGACGAACUCGAAAAAAUUAAUUCGUUCGCAAUGAAAAAAAGUAACGAGGAGAAAAAUGGUUCUUGUUGUGUCUGUAAAUUGGGAACGGGCUUACAUGUGCUUCUCUGGACGAUAAUUUGUUUCCCGAUUGUCGUUGUAAUUUCGGGCGUUUAUUGUUUUUACAUUGGAACUCUCACGUGGUACAAUUUAUUCAACUUUUUCAGUCAGGAAAAGACGAUAUUGCAUCGGAUUUUUGUGCCGCCCUUACUUUUUGUGGCCUAUCCCGUGACAAUUUUGCUCUUUACUGCCGGUCUCGCCCUGUAUGGGGGCUUUAAACAACUCAGUCUUCGAUUUCAUGUGUGGUUCAAUGAAGUUUGCGACUUGGAAAAGGGCUUUUAUGGAUGGCUUUGUGGAUUUUUAAGCUUAUCCGAGUGCAGUCCCUACGAAGUUAUCAUCCUGACUGACAUCCGAGACGACCCGUUGCCACAAAAAUCGUCCACGCAAGAGUUUACCGUUUAAAUCAAACCCAUUUUUACACAUUAAAAGCGCUUAUUUACGUAAAAU